UCAAUUUUUAACUUUCUAUAUAUUUUUACCAUUCUAUAACUUUAUUACUUGAAAACGAACGUAGGUUACAUAGAACAUUUACAAAACUGUGGUUUUAAUACCUACGUAAAAUGGAAAAGCAUCAGAUAGCAUAAAUCGUUUUAAAUAUUUUUUAAUUGUAUCGUCUUCUUUUUAUGAAUUGAAAUUGGAAACGAACUAAACUUUAACCUUCUCACAAUUUUUUUAUAAGUAAAUAGGCACUGUGAUCGGUAAAAAUGUAUAGCUUGUAAAUGAGCACACUAAUAGAUUUUAUGAUCAAUACGAAUACUUUUUAGAGCUAACAAAGAAAAUAUGGACUGUGAAACCUAUUCCACUAGUGACGCAAUUUUUCAGGAGUAAGUGAAAUUAUUUAGAAUAAUAAUAUAAUUAACUUAAUUGUAUUUAAACUGCAGGGUAACAAUGUACGAAACUUGUUCAUUGUGACUCUAAUUUAUCUGCCACACGUUUAUUUAGACUUGAUUUUAGGAAAACAUUCGGUCAAGGAAGACGCUUAAUUAAUAUCGAAUAUUUUUUUGAGCAUAUUUUAAAUGGAGAAAAACAUAAGCCAUUUGAUUGUUCAAUUAUCGAUAUGAAGCUGGUUGGCGAAAAAAGAACUGGCCUUUUCUCGGAAUUUUACCUAAAAUGCCAAAUGUGCAACUGCCUAAAAACAAUCACAUCAGAUAAAAAGUCUGAAAAUAAGGUAAAUAUUAAUUCAUCCAUUGUGUUGGGAUCCAUAUCUACUGGUAUUGGAUAUUCUCAGACAUCUGAACUGGCUGCAACUCUAGACCUACCAUUCAUGACGUUAAAGACUUAUAACAACUAUCACGAACAAGUUGCAGAGUUUAUUAGGGCAUCAGCAUGGCAAACGAUGGAACUGGCAGCCGCAGAAGAAAUAAAAAUGGCUAAAGAUGCUGGGAACGUUGACGAAAACGGCAUUCCAUGCAUAACCGUUGUUACAGAUGGAGCCUGGAGUAAAAGGUCGUAUAACGUUAAUUACGAUGCCAUGUCCGGAGUCGCUUGUAUUAUUGGAUACAAUACGGGUAAACUAUUAUUUCUUGGAGUCAGAAAUAAAUAUUGCUCCAUUUGUUCAUGGCAUGAGAGCAAAGAACAAGAAACUCCAACACAUAGAUGCUUUAAAAAUUGGACGGGCAGUUCAACAGCUAUGGAAACAGAUAUCAUAGCAGAGGGUUUCAGAAAUAGCCUUAAUCAAUAUGGUAUAAAAUAUUCUAAAAUGGUUGGUGAUGGUGAUUCCUCUGUAUAUAGGAAACUGUUAGAAAUAAGACCAUAUGGAAAUUGCUUGGUGCAGAAAAUUGAAUGCAAAAAUCAUAUUUUAAGAAAUUUUGCCAAAAAAAUACGAGAAAUCAGCAGCAAGAAGAGAAGUAAUUCUCAAAAUAAACCUGUGCCAAUAACUCUAAGAAAAUGUGUUCUGUCUAGGUUUAUGCGCCUCAGAAGUGCGAUCACGAAAGCAACAACCUACCGAAUCGGAGAAAACACAAGUUUAGAAGAAAAAGUUCAGUUGCUCCGAAAUGAUAUAAAUAAUGCGCCCAGUCAUGUUUUUGGAGAGCACAACCUUUGUAAAACUAUAAAAUAUUUUAAAUGCGAGGGUCAAGAUACAAAUAUAAUACCCGUUAUGAAAGAAUGUGGUAUCUAUGAAGACGUAAUGAGUGCCCUUCAAAGAGUUAUUGACAAUGCAAGUAGUCUUAUUAUGAACAUGGACAAUAACUUGGCAGAGCACUAUAACAGCGUUGUGUGUAAAUUCAUUGGGGGUAAAAGAAUAAAUUUUUCAUUAAGAGGGUCAUAUCAGACGAGGUGCGAAGCGGCAGCACUAUCGUUCAAUUCGGGUGGUGAAUACCAUCGAAUGAUAAAUAAAACAAUGUUUGGCAAUAGUCCAAAAGGCUUUUAUAAAAAAUUUUAUUUAAAAAAGAAAAAAGAGCACGCCAAAAUUAAAGCUAGAAGAACUUUGUUUCCAAAAAAAAAAAGAAAUCGGCUAAACAAAACCUGCCAGAUCAGGAUUACGGCCCCAAUGCCAACUAUCUGCCCUUAAAUCCAAAUAGCGACGAG